UUUAAGUUUGACAUAGUUAUAUAUAUAUUUAUUUAUAAAAUGGAUAUCUUAUGAUAUAUUCCAUUGAAUCGCACUAAACCUGCACUAUUACUGCGCUAUUAAUGCAGUUUUCAUCGAAAUCUAGUACAACACUGGUGUUACACCAGUUUUCUCAGUGGAAAACGCUAUAAGUGUUGCAUUAGUGUAGCCAAGGAAAAACACUAUAAUGGUACCAUAUACUCGAUUUGUGGACAAUCAUUAAAAUGCAGAUCAAGUGUCCAGCAGGUUCAACACGAUCAAUAUCAGAAGAUUAUGCAGAUUUGCAAGGCACGAUCUAAAACUGAUAACAAUCAUAGCAAUAAUGAUUCAUCAAGUGAAGGCGAUGACUCUUUAAGCGUAGAUUUGUUUGGUACAAGAUUCUUUAUUACGAAUGGCGGCAACAAAUUCUCCAACAUACAAUCUUGGAAAGAUCCUAAUGAGAAUCGUUAUACAAACGGAAACCGGCAAAGCAGUCAUUCUUCUCGUAGCAGCAAUAAUCACGAUUUCAGCUAUUCCAAUGGAGCUGGUAGGUCGAGCUAUGACCAGACAUAUGACAACUUUGAGAAUUAUGGCAGGCAACAAGAACAAUGCAUCACCCAGUGUUUCUUCAAUGAAUUAAAUAUGGUAGAUCAAAGGGGAUAUCCUGAGCAAGUCUCGAUCAUUCAGUUUAUGACACGUAAUACACACAAUCCAGAAUUACAGGAUUUGAUAGAGGAAGCUGUCAUAGAAUGUUUUCAUUAUUUGGAUUCAGAUGCGAGACAGAAUGCAUGUUACUUCUCGGAAAAUCUCCUAACUUGUUUAAUUGACAAAGGAAAAGAAAGAUGCGAAGAUUGGGAUGACUGAUAACAUUGUAUAGACAUCUUAUAUCUAACAAUUUCUGUAGAAGAAAUAUAUAAAA